AGUACACGUCGGCUCCCUCGCGACCCUGCAGCUCGCCGAUCGCUUCGCACGUUUGUCUGGUUCGCCCCGGCAGGUGGAUACAAAAACAAACAGCAAACCAAGGGAUCAAUCGCUACCUAGCGUAAACCUAGGACGUCAUGCCAUCGCUGCACGUCCUAUUCGGACUGCUGUACCUAAGCAGCCUUUCGCUGCUGAGUGGACUUCACGGAGCGAACAGUGGAUCGACCGACGCCAGCAUCCCGCAUGCAGUCGGUGAGAACUGUGAUCACCACACGACGACCACCAGCCAGUUCGAGGAGUACUUUGACAUCGACCAGAUUGGCAACAACCGGUCGGAGCAGAAUGUGGUCGAUCUGACGCUGUUCGUGCAGGUGCACAACAUGCAGGAGGAGCUGGCGAUUCUGCUGUCGGCGAGCAACCGGUCCCGCCAGCACCCGGACUACGGUCAAACGUACGAGGUGCGGGUGAGCAACGUCUACACCGUCAUCUACCGGGAGACGCUGCGCAUGUCGGCGCACCACAGCCACAACUUCAACUUCUUCCCGGGCGAGCAGUUCCGGCUGUGCAUUCAGAUCACGCGCGCCGGUCACAUCACCGUCACCGUACCGGGACUCCAGAAGUCGCUGAUCCUCGUCGUCGAGGACGAGCGCACGCCGAUCGAGGUGGCGUACAUCAGUUUCGGUUCGCGCAUGAACGCGUAUCCGGUGACGAUCUACUUCAACUGUGUCAGCUCGGCCGAGGGUCGCGCCCGCCAGCGACGACCGUCGCCGUCCAAGGCCAUCACCAUCCACGCGGAGGACGAGCAGCAGCGCCAUCCGCUGCCGGACGUCGACAACGACCGUCCCGGCGGUGUCGGGCGCAACCAUGACCACACCGAGGACUCCAACGACGACGCUGACAACGACGACGACGACGACGAUGACAACGACAACGACGACGUUGGACACGGCAACGCCCAUCACACCACCGGACACAGCUCCGAGCCCGUCGAUGGUGACAGCGGCCGACAGCGACAGACCAACUCCGGAGGGGACGAUGGAACACAGGCCGCCCAGGGCACGGCCACCGCCACCUGUCCCGUCUGCCCGCGGCCGGAGAAGUGCGAGGUAGUAGUGAAGGCGUGCUCCGACACCUCCAAGGACCUGCUGAUGCAACCAACAUCCGGCAGUGACGGCGAGAAGCAGAAGUACUUCUUCUACUUCAACGUCUACCUGAGCCGGAAGGGCGAGAAGGGCAAGGCGACUGCGGGGGACCUGACACCGACGCUCGGCACCGCCAACCAGGUGCUGUGAAGCGAUCCCGACCAACCCGAUCCACAAACGGCGCAUAUCUUGACGAACCAUAUCAGAUCGCGCGUAGGAUUUUAAUUCUUUCUAUCUCUGGUAGCUUCAAUCGCAUCCAAUCUUUAUACCGCACCCAUCUGGUGGGGCUCUCUCUUACUCUCUCUAUCUCGCUUUGUAUGCACACAAAUGCAAAGUAGCCCAAAACGUGGCUCCAGAGCUCACAUUCCACAGGUCCGUUUACAGAGUACCUCUUCGCUAGCAGUAAUGUAGGAACACUUGACGGUGAUUUCGAUUCCAGCUAUACUUGAGCUUUCCGCUUCAUACCAAAUGAGCCUAAUGAGCUUAGGUAGGUAGAGACCCCUAGAUAACGUUCAGAUUCCGACUAGAUUAUAGCGCUAGCUCAUGAGUACCUUCGGGGUAUAUAUGUCAUUGGUACGUUUGCGGUCUUCAACCACUGGUGGUAUUUGCGCUGGAGUUCCGGAAACUGUUCCUCCGCACAGAAGCUACACAUUACAUUGCAUUGGAGCGUUAGGGGUUGACGAGGAUACGUACGCUUCUCCGCACUUCACUUUCUCUUACCUUCCACACGUUUGUUUUCAUGUCUCUUUUCGAAUUCCAAUCGAUGAGCGAGUUUAGCGAAUAAAACCUCGAGCAAUACA